AUGUUGAAAAGAGCGAGGCAAGCAGGCGCAGCAAAAAAGCGGCUUGCGCUCGACUCGGACUCCGAUGACGAGCUGUUUGAAAGUGUCAUGGCGCGAAAGGCCCAGAAAGUGGCUCAAGAGAGCGAAGAGAGUGAACACAAUUCAGUGAUUAACACACGUCAACAAGACGAGAGCUUUGAGACUGUCGGGCAUAGCACGAGCAAGAAGGAUGAAAAUGCCAACGGCACAGAUGACCAUAAUGUACAAGUAGGGAACGCCGCAGACAACUCUCGCCCCAAGUACUUACUGGCUUUGCUUGAGCAGAAACAGAUUCGCGACAAGGAGCACAAGGCGAUGCAGCGAGCUCGUCAGCAGAAAGAGGGGCUAGUGGUGUUUGAAAGCGAUGCAUAUCUGACCCGGAACAAGUGCGGUGUUAGUGGAGCCCGAAAGUGUGGAACUGAAGCCAAUUGUGGAAAAGCAUGCAGCUGGUAA